UCUAAAUUGAGAAAAACCAGAGGUUUGAAUAGAUCUUCAGUUACAAAGUACAUUAACAAGAUUAAUAGCGAUUUGGAAGAGAAAAUAGAUUCUUUUACCACCAAAGAUUUGCAAGAAGCCUUAAAUUAUUUGAAUAUAUCGUCUACACAGUUAAAAGACUAUGAUAAACUUAUACAAAAUCUAAUCAAAGAUGAUAAGGAAUUCGAAACCGAAAUUGAGUCGGCUUUCGAAUACAAUGAAAAAAUUAUAGUUUGUUUGUCCAAGUUAUCAGCGCAAUUAAAAUGUUUACAAGACGAAUCAGAGCGCCAAUCAAUAUCAUCAAAUGUUUCUUUAUUAGGCGCUACAGGAAAUCCUAAUUUAGAUGCAAUAAACAACACUCAGGAAAGUUCAGCCAUCGUACCUGUAAACGAAUAUAAUUUUAAGACCAUAAAAUUGCCUAAACUUACAAUUGAAAAAUAUUAUGGAGACCCCUGUUGCUGGUUAGAAUUUUGGAAUCAAUUUCAAAAUUCUAUUGAUAAUAACAAAUAUCUGUCAAAAAUAGAUAAAUUCUCAUAUUUAAAGUCACUAUUAGGGGGUGCGGCCGCGAUUGCGGUUAAUGGCUUUGCGCUCUCAGACGAGAAUUAUGAUCAGGCUUUAAAAUUGUUGAAACAAAGAUUUGGCAGAGAAGAACUCGUUAUUAACGCACACAUGUCAAAAUUACUAAAUCUUGUACCAGUAACUGAUUCAAAUAAUAUUUAUGGUCUUAGGAAGUUGUAUGAUACCGUAGAGAUAAACUUAAGAAGUUUAGAAUCAUUAAAAGUUACUUCAGAGAUGUAUGGGCAUUUACUCUAUCCCAUUUUAAUUAAAUUGAUUCCCGAAGAUCUUGUCCUUGAAUUUAAUAGAAAAAAAGUUGAUAAUUCAGUGAAGUUCGAAUUUAAUGUAACUGAAUUACUAAAUUUUUUAAGAAUUGAAAUUGAAUGUAGAGAAUCCUCUGCGUUUAUGCAUACCGCAAAAGGCGAUAAACGCAAAGAAAAUUUGCUCCCGAAAGCGAAACAGAAUCCUUUCAACAAACUCAGUCGAAACACAGCUACCUCGCAUGAUAUAUUGCGAAGUCCAAGGUCAAGCGCAAAACCGAAAGAUCUUCAAUGUUUUUCCGCGUCAGCAUUAAACGAAAAUUGUUUAUAUUGUAAAGGUGAGCAUCAAUCGGAGUUAUGUUCUGAAACCGACUUAGAAACGAAACUCGGUGUUUUAAAACAAGAUGGCAGAUGUUUUUUAUGCUUGAAGCCAAAACAUCGAGUUAAUGAAUGCCGCCAGAGAAGAUAUUUGACAUGUGAAAUAUGUGGUAAGAAGCAUAAUAAAUCUAUUUGCUCUCAAGCAGAAUCUAAUACACCCGAUUUGAAUAAAGAUAAUAAGAACGUAAUUACCGCAAUUUCACAUUACGAUAAAAACAAAACAAACUUUUCUCGCGGUAAUAUAUUUCUUCAAACAUGUGCAGCCCUAGUACGCAAUGAUGAAACAAACGAAUUUGAAACAGUACGACUAAUGUUAGAUAAUGGAAGUAUGAGAACAUUUAUAACACGUGAAGUUUCAGAAAAAUUAAAGUUAAAAGUAAUAAGAAAAGAAUCUUUAUCGGUAUACUCUUUUGGCGCUAAACAAGCAAAGGAACAUUCUUACAAUAUAGUGAGAGUAGAAUUAAAAAACCGUGAGGAUCCCUCUUUACGUAUUGAAGUAGAAACUUUGGUUACAGAAAACAUUUCAGCCACUACUCUUCAUGUACCUAACAACAAUAUUACUAAAACGUACUAUAAAUUGAAGCAUUUACAGCUAGCUGAUAAUAGAGGCAAGAAUAUCUCAAUAUUAAUUGGUGUAGAUUAUUAUUAUGAAAUCGUUUCAGGCAGAAUAAAAAGAUUAAACAACAAACUGGUAGCGACUGAAACAAUUUUUGGAUGGUGCUUGCAAGGUCACGUGGGUUUAUCAAAUGACUUAAUGACCAUGAAGAUUGUAGUGGAUGAAAAGGAUAUUUCGGACCAACUUAAACAAUUUUGGGAUCUUGAGAAUUUAGGGGUAGAAGGGGUUGAAGAGGAUGAUUUCGAAAAACAUACUGUAGAUAAAGAAAUUAUGAAACAAUUUGAAGAAAAUAUUGUUUAUCAAAAUAAAAGAUAUACUGUAAAGUUUCCUUGGAAAACAAAUAUGAAAGAAUAUUUAGCUAAUAACUUUGAAGUGGCUAAAAGGAGGUUUUCGCAUUUAAAAUCAAAAUUUAUUAAAGAUAAUUCGUUGUUUUUAGAUUAUAAAGCUGUUAUUGAAGAUCAUUUAAAAGAAGGUAUCAUUAAGAAAGUUAUAACAUGUGAAGAAAAACCUUCAUUCUAUUUGCCUCACAGGGCGGUAUUAAGGGAAGAUAAAACUACCACUCGUUUGAGAGUGGUAUUUGACGCAAGUUCUCAUGCGAAAGGACAGUUGUCGUUAAAUGAUUGUUUACAUACUGGUAUCAAUCUCAUUCCAGAUCUUUUUGAGAUUUUAAUAGGUUUUAGAGAACAGGCUGUUGCCAUAACUGCCGACAUAAAGAAGGCCUUUCUGCAAAUACAGAUUGCCGAAGAAGAUCAGAAUUAUACUAGUUUCUUCUGGACGGAAGAUCCGGAAAAGGAAGAAGAGGAAAUUUUCAAGAUGACUCGAGUUCUUUUCGGUGUCAAAUCAAGCCCCUUCCUCCUUGCAGCUACAAUCCAAUACCAUCUAAAGAGAUGGUCUCUCAUCCAGUCUCUUAGAUCCAAAUUUUGGAAAAGAUGGAGUCAAGAAUAUCUCAACUCCUUGCAGUCUCGAGCUAAAUGGAAACUACCUGAACUGAACAUCAAACCCGGACAGCUGGUACUCCUGAAGGAUAAUAGCAAGAGCCCCAUGGAAUGGAACUUGGCCCGAAUUGAAAGGACAUAUCCUGGAACAGAUGGACUAGUCCGUGUCGCAGACAUCAGAACCCCUAAAGGAAUUUUUCGGCGAAGUAUCAACAGACUCUGCCCACUCCCUUUCGAAGAAGGUGUUGGACAACUGUCCAACGGGGGCCGGGAUGUUCCGUCUUAGAGACGCCUUUCCCCUAUUCCAGCUGUAGUCAUCAGGAAACCGGCGCAUGCGCAGUUUCUGUUGAACUUUGAUACGCUUCUUUUUUAUUACUUUAUGAUUCAGAAUUUUGUAAUGCCUAAUGAGAGAUGUAACGGAUGUGUUUCCUGUUGCUGUGUGUGCGCGUGCUUUUGUGAUGUUAUGUUAAUGUGCUUUAGUUGUCUUCGUCAGUAGCUGCUUUAUGUAUAAUAAAUGGAAAAAAGACAGAUCAGGUCCCUUUUAUUUGAUUACCCACGAACAAUCGGUACCGAUGUUUGGAGAGAGUUUUGCCAAAUUCUAAAGGUAAAUUUAGAGAAGUGAUAGUAGGUAUUAAGGAGAUGAAAAAUUAUCAUAAAACAUAGAGUCGCAGGAGACGUUUAUUCUGUGAAAAUCGCAAAAACAGACAUCGAAGAGACAAUUAGCCUGACGAAGAGAAUGGCCCUAAGAAUGCAAGGAUAUAGAACAAGGUAGUCGACAAAAAGAAGCUUUCUCGUAUUUAAAUUUUCCAUGCGUUCUCGGAAUAUAAAAGCAGCGAGCACUGCAGAAUUGAUGGUUCGAAGAAUAUAAAAGCAGCUUGUAUUCAUUAAAGAGCAGUGCAGAAUUGAUAGUCGAUAAGUUUCAUUCGCAAACAACAUGUCAGAUUUCACGAACGACGAAUAUGAAUUUAAUUUACGACCGAGCGGAUGGUAAUGCACGGCUAUCACAAAGAAUAUACCAAUAGCAAUAUCUAAGUAGGCUCUGUCCACACCACAGCACCUUUGCAAAUAUUAUAGACGGUUGCGGGUGACAGAAUCCUUCAAAAUAACGAGGCCAAAUGCAGGGCCCGAACGCCUCAAUGGCGCAAAGUACCUUGUUUUCUUGCAGCAUGUCCUUCCGAAUUUACUGCAGGAAAUACCGGCCAUUGCACGCCAGAACAUGUGUUUAAUUCAUGAUGGUGCACCAGCGCAUUUUUUUAAUUAUGUGCGUAACUACCUAGAUGAUACAUAUCCUGGGAGGUGGAUUGGAUGUGGCGGACCUGUUGAUUGGCCUCCACGUUCCCCGGACCACAAUCCCUUGGAUUUCUUCUGCUGGGACCACAUGAAAUCUUUUGUUUAUCAGGCACCUUUGGAUACAGUGGAAGAUCUU